AAAAAGGCGGCACAUGCAGAACCGUCAACGCAUCUUGUCGACGCGAGACUCGAAACUUGAGCUCCAACAGCCUCGCCUGGAGGAUCCCAACAGGAGAACGAAGCGAAACGCUGCUAGUUGCCGGUGGCCAGCAGCCAAAGCCGAGGCCAGUUGUUCGGUCGCGGCAUCGACACAUGAGACCUGCACCCUCGCCUCUGCCUGCACGAUCCGCCAUGCGAUUUUUCUCCUCAUGAAGAUGCGAACCUCGCGAUACUAAGCGGACCUUGCUGCACGGCGCAUCCCUGAGAACCGACCCUGGUGUUUGAUACUCAGCUUACACUCCCUUUCGGGCGCCCUCCAAGAUGACGCGACGCAUUGUUCGCACGCUCACCCAGCUGGGCGCCGUAGCGUUCCUCACCACCAUCCUGAUAUUCUUCCUCGACCGCAACUAUAGAGUCCUUCCUAAUGCCCUCCACAACUACAUGCCCUCCCACCAUCCUGGCCUGGUGGUCACCGACAUCACCAUCACGACCUGCUCCAGCCUCAAGCCCUUCUCCUCCUGCGAGCUGAAUCCGAACGAAUGGCAUCGCAUUGAAAAAGAUUUAUACCUAGGAAAAGCGUGGACAUCGAGCGCAUAUCUAUACGUUCGUCGCAAGCACGAAGAGAACUUGACCGACCAAGACGAAGUUGUCGUCGGCGUCUCUGUUGGAUCGCUGAACCCCGGAGACGUCUCUGACGACAGCGAGCACUGGGAACCAAGACCCGGAGGCAUAUGGCUGAAGCGAUCCAGAAAUAAGAAAUCAAGCGACUCGGAUGCUGCUGUGACGGACGUGGAUGUCGUCUUUGGCGAUGACGCCACCGAGGCGCGCGACGGCUGGGGCAUUGUAGGAAGGCCGUUACAUCUCAAUACCGGUUCGAAUUUCCUCAGCGCACACUUGACUGUAAGGAGAGGCGCGCAUCACGAGCUGAAGAAGCCGAAGCCUAGAAUCCCCGACAACGGCCGAUUCAAAAUCAUGCAGGUGGGAGACUUGCACCUUAGCACUGGCGUGGGCGAGUGUCGGGAGGCAGUUCCCGACGGCUACAAGGGAGGCAAAUGCGAGGCCGACCCCAGGACGCUUGAUUUCCUGACCAAGAUGCUUGACGAGGAGAAACCCGACUUGGUCAUCUUGAGCGGCGACCAGGUUAACGGCGAUUCGGCCCCCGAUGCCCCUUCGGCUAUAUACAAAUACGCUUCUCUUCUCAUCGAGCGCAAAAUCCCAUAUGCCGCCAUCUUUGGCAACCACGACGACGAAAAGUCCAUGUCGCGAGAGGCCCAAAUGGCCCUGAUGGAAACCCUGCCUUACUCCCUAUCGCAAGCCGGCCCCGCAGACGUCGACGGCGUCGGCAACUACUAUAUCGAAGUCUUGGCCCGUGGCCACAACGACCACUCCGCCUUGACAAUCUAUCUCCUCGACACGCAUUCGUACUCUCCUGACGAGCGUCAUUUCCCCGGCUAUGACUGGGUCAAGCCCAAUCAGAUUGACUGGUUCAAGAAGACGCACGCGAGCCUGAAGAAGAACCACGAUGGAUACACCCAUCGACAUAUGGAUAUUGCCUUUAUACAUAUUCCCUUGAUAGAAUACGCGGAUUGGGAUAAGCCCCGCGUAGGAGAAUGGAAAGAGGGCGUCACCGCCCCCGUCUAUAACACUGGAUUCCACGAUGCCCUCGUCGAGCAAGGCGUUGUCAUGGUCAGCGCCGGACAUGACCACGUCAACGACUACUGCUCCCUUUCCCGCCACGGCGAUGAGACCAAAUCCUUCCUCCCAGGCUGGGAAGAAAAGCUACCCCUCCAAUCGGAGAAGAAGCCCGAAGACGAAGCCGCCAGGGUCCCCGCCAUGUGGAUGUGCUACUCGGGCGGCAUCGGCUUCGGCGGCUACGCCGGCUACGACGGUUACGUCCGCCGCCUGCGCAUGUUCGAGGUCGACACCGAGGAGGCGCGCAUCACGACGUGGAAGAGGGUCGAGUACGGCGAUACAGAGGCUCGCAUCGAUCAGCAGAUUCUGGUGGAUGCUGGAAAGGCGUACUUUGCGCCGCCGCCGCCGCCGCCGCCGCCGCCGCCGCCUCCGGAGGAACAGCCACAACAGGAGCAGCAGCAGCAGCAACAGUAGAGGGUGUGAGAGAGUAUAUGCGAGAAGCUAUACAUAUAUAUCGCAGAUUAUUAUAUCGAUUAUAAGACUCCCUUGAUGGAGAAUGACUGGGGAGUGACUGGUGUAUUUCCGUCACUUGUUGGUUAUAUGAGUAAUCAUUACUUACGGACCUCUUUUUACAACUACAGAUGAGCGAGGGUUCAGCCUUCGAAUCAAUCAGGUGUAUUGGAUGGAAUGAUAACGUCAUACGACCUGGCGCUGGAUAUGGCUGGAGUUCGAACGAUGUAAACUUUUUUGUUGAUUACAAGCAAGGAUCGUACGCAUCUCCACACAAAUGAUAUCAAAUAUUUUCUGUUAAGAGGGGGGAAAAAGAAACUAUGAUAUUGUGUAUAACAUCCGUGAAGUACAAAUAUAUGCAUCACAUUGGCUUUAUCUAGCCGCUUGCUCC